AUGGACGACACACCAAUAACAGGCUUGGAGGAGCUGGAGACCCAUUUGCAGCUCCUGGUUAGUGAACCGGAUACACCGCUUAAUGCAAAGCUCUUUGAUGAGGUGGAAUUACAACUUAACGAUGGAAAUAUAUCCCCUUUAAUACCACGGCUACUUCCCACCCUCACUCAAAUCCUCCUGGCCUACCCGAACGACCCCUCAAUUCUUACGAGCCUCGCUAUCAAGCUUCUCCGGCCGGUUACGUUCGCGCAAGCUCUCACGAUGGCUUCCGAAGAGGCAUUAAUUCGAGCUUUGCAAUCUCCAGCUCCUUCCGCCAAUCUCCUGGCUAUUACAGUUCUCCAAAAGGCAGCCAGGAGCCCUAGUGACACUGCAAUAUUAUCGGUCAUGAAAGGGCUCGUGGAGGCGUUCUUUCGGACGUGGCUCAGCACACCACACGUCGAAGUUGGAGAGACAGCCACUCAGACACUUGGUGAUCUGUUGGAAGUCGACUGUGAUAAUAGAUCAUCGGCUAGCAUUGACACAAAGAUGAGAGGCAUGCAACUAUCAUCAGGCAUGCCACCAGGUCAGGGACUCCUAUGGCGGCGAAUUUUCCAAGACCGUGAGGUCUAUGAAUCAAUCUUCUCUCUCUGUAGUUUUCAGACAUUAGGGACUGGUCACGGCCAUUUGGAUGAGAGACAAAAAUCACUAGCACAAGGUCGAUUACUGCGGAUUAUCCCAAGGCUAGCAGCGCUUGAUUUCCAUGCGAUCACGCACACACACUUCCCCGAUGUCGAUCAGCGAUUUGGACUACAAUAUGGUGAACAGGGUCUCCUAUAUUUUGCGAUGGUUGACAUGGUUAGUAAGCAGGACGACGUGUUGAUGCAUACGACCUUGGUUUACAUGUUCAUCGAGUUCCUCGAGGUAAUGAGUAUUACCGAGCUUACUCAACCAACUGUAGAGUAUUUGGCAGGCUUAGUGAGGAAGGUCGCUGCCGCGGACGAGGCGUUAUACAAGUCUCUUGGGUCCAUUGCGCUAAAUCCGGAGACGCCGCCGGAGUUUGUUGAUCUAUAUCCUGUUAUUCCGAGUCGAGAAGUCUAUGGCUUUAAAAUGCAAGUUGACCCCAGUGUUGGACUUCAACCUGCGAACUCUCUUGAUAAACUUGCUUGA